GGCGACGCGUUCUGAUUCUAACACUCAUUACUAUCCCUCCGUUCGCCUCAUCAUUCUCUAACGGUUCACCCAAUUCCAACUUAUUAUGUCGAAUGUGCGACAAAGAACUGUUAUCAAGGUUUUCCGAAAGUACAGUCAUUCUCUUGGACCAGAGGCCCUUGAGUAUCUAGAAGACAUUCUAGACUCCCAUGAAAUUCCCGACCAUGAUGUUGAAUAUGCUAUUGAAUGGAUUGCGAAGGAAUACAACAAACAGGACGAUGCGCCUAUGAAGGUCUCAUUAGAAGUGUUAAAGCGCGUGUACGAAGUUUUUCAAAAUGCCGACAAUGGUGACGACGAAGGAGCUGAUGUAGUGGAUCCCGAGAGUCAUCUAUUCUAUAUCGACGCUUUCAGCAUGCCGCUGUGGAAUUGGUCCCAGGAGAAGAGUGCUUUCGAGCAGUCGUCAUCCAUUCCCACUGUAUCAGGUUCCGCCGAUUCGCGCGUGAUGGCAAUGCGAAAUAGGCUGAACGUCAUCAAACAAACUGUGCUCAGAAAUGAUCAUUUCUCUCCCUCGACACUCCCCUCGCGAGAUCGGGAACACUUGUUGACCCUCAGGUCAACGAAACAACUUCUGGGGCGUGCAGGAGAGCGGUUUCUGCUAUUUGGUAUGCUAGCACAUUCAAAAGAGGGAAAACUUUGUCUUGAAGAUGAAGAUGGUCGCGUCGAGCUGGAUUUCAGUCAGCUGGACCAACCAAGCGAAGGUCUCUUCACAGAAGGUUGCUUUGCGUUAAUCGAAGGUGACUACACGGAGGACGCUACUCUCGUUGUGAUUGCCAUAGGCCAUCCUCCAUGCGAAAGCCGCGAUACGGCACGUUCAAUAUACGGUCAUGUCGACUUUCUGGGACAAGGCGCGACCACGCUGCUUGAAGAUGCUCAAUUGUCUGAGCGAGUGCGAGUGGACUUAGCCGACCUCAGAUUCUUCGUUCUUUCCGAUGUUUGGCUCGACAUGCCGGAAACGUUCAUCGGGAUCCGCAAGAUGUUUGAUCACUGCGUCGAGAAUGUCUUCAUUCCCAAGGUCAUCGUCCUAUGUGGUAACUUCACGAGUCAUGGCAUAGCCCAAGGCAAUAGCAGAGAAAUUCGAAGAUACCAAGAAAGCUUCGACGCAUUGGCUGACCUUACAUCCUCAUACCCUGCAAUUGCUCGUUAUACACAUUUCGUCUUCGUUCCAGGACCUCUUGAUAUCACAGCGAAUUCUGUGCUACCUCGGCGGCCAUUAUUAUCGACAUUUGUGUCGAGGCUAAAGUCUAGAGUCCCCAAAGUUCAUUUUGCCACAAAUCCUUGUCGCCUCAAAUUCUUCGACCAAGAAAUUGUCAUCUUUCGAGAAGACCUGAUGGCUCGGAUGCUCCGCAAUCUAGUAGGGGUGAAACCCGACGUUAGGAAUGACGACUUGAAACGAUACCUGGUCCAGACAUUGUUAGACCAAAGUCAUCUAGUACCACUCACGACAUCGAUACAACCGGUCCUGUCGGAUUACGAUCAUGCUUUGCGCCUAUAUCCAUUACCGACUACUGUAAGCAGGUUGUGUUAGCCGAUAGAUAUGACAGGUACCAAAUGACCUACGAAGGCUGUCAUGUUUUCAACCCGGGAAGCUUCAUCGGUAACUCAUUUGGGUUCUCCGCCUAUAUUCCUUCACGGAGAGAGUCGGAGGAAUGCGUCUUGGGUAUGCAUGGGGAGGACGAGUAUUGAGCAAACGUAUUCUUGCGUAGUCAUGUAUCGUAGAUGAAACACAACACAUUUUUGUGCUUCGCAUCUCUAUUUUCGAGGAGUGUACUAAUUAUAAGUACUCAUCUUGAAGUUGCUUUAUAUGGGCGCCUGUGGAGAGUGGCAGAGCUUCGCCUCGCCCAUGCCGCCGACGCGCUGUGUGCGUCUACCUUCCACCAGCACCGGAUUGAAACUUGUUGCCACGAUAUAUGCCUGCAGCCAACCCCAACGCCAGCAGUUGCAGUAGUGCGGACAGUCACCUACACCACGUCCAUGACCAGAGGCUGCCCGUUCUGAACUUCUACUCACAUUCACCCUGAUCGACGUUCACCCGCUAGUUCUCUCAUCCAUACCUGUUUGGCAACGAUGUCUUCCAAUUCCGCUUUCUCUACUAUCUCAUUCAUUUAACGUUCUUGGGCCCAACUAUCCUACGCCUCAUCAG